AUGUUAUGUGAGUUCGGCAAAUUAUGUCAAUUACGAAAACAAUAUAUUAUUACAGGAUUGGGUGUUGAUAUUGCUGGAGAACCUUUCGUUCGAAAAAAUAUUCCUCUUGAUGAAUUAUUAAUUGGAGAAUUAUUAGAUUUUUCAACAUUAACACGUCCAAAUUUAGCUAAAUCAUGGUUUAGAUUUGCUGAUUGGGCUUAUCUUUGGGGACGACAAUUACUUGCUCUAUCUAUACCAUAUGAAGUUUCAUCCGACGAAUUAACGGAAAUAUCUCGUAUUCUAUCUUCAAUUCGAAUUUUAAAUGAUGAUGAUUCUGAACUUAUAGCAAACAAAAGCGCGGCCAUUCGUUAUGACCCACCCGUUAUAUUUGAAACUAAUCUUCUUAAUUCACCAACUGUUGCAUGGAAACGUCUUAUACCACAAUUAUUCUCUCAUUUAAAUCAUCCUGAUAGUUCUGUGAGAGAUUAUCUUACUAAUUUAUUGAUACGUAUAGCAAAAGAUUUUCCACAAUUAAUUCUCUAUUCAGUUGUUGUUGGAAUAACGGAUGAUUCAAAAAUGAGACGAAUAAAAUCAAGAGAUGAUAAUAUUUAUCAGAGAAAAUCUGCCAGUACACAUGAAUCAGAAGAUGAAAAAUCAGAAAAUGAUAUCGAUGAAGAUGAUGAAGAAGAAGAUGACAUUGAAAAACAAGAAAAUGCUGUCGCUAUGCAAAAUAGUUUUCGAUUAAUUUAUGAUGUACUUUCGGAAACAAAUUCACAUCUUGUUGGACAAGUUAAAUUAUUUAUACACGAAUUACGACGUGUUACUGUUCUAUGGAAUGAACUUUGA